GAACGUCUGCAUGUGCACUAGAUAUUUCAGAGCUGUACGUUCUUUUAUCCAAAUGCCAACUUCAAUUUCGGCUAAAGGCCCGCUUCAAAUUCAUUGGAUUUAGCUCCACUGCAAUCCAUGCUGUCCAUCAAGUGGCCAGUGAAUUAUAUAUCUAGUGAACCAAGAUGUUGCAAAACUGGAGUCACAUGUACAGCUACUACUACCACUGAGGAACCUGUUGAGAAGUUGAAGCCAGACAGCCUUUUCAUUGACAAGCGUGGCAAAUUGAGAAGUUUUAAUCGCAAAAGGGUUUCUAGACAAAAAGGGGGCUCUCUAAGGGGCAAAGGAUGGCAAUAUGGGUCUGGUUUUGUUGAUGGGAUAUUUCCAGUGUUGAGUCCCAUUGCUCAGAAGGUUUUAAAUUAUGUACGAAAGGAAGUGGAUGUACAUAGAGUUUGGAGUUCUUUAGACACUCUUCCUCAUUCUAAUAAUACAUGGGAUGACCUAAUCAAUGUAGCUGUUCAACUUUGGCUUAAUAAACAAUGGGAUCCAAUUAUACAGGUGUGCGAAUGGAUAUUGUACAGGAGCUCUUUCCAGCCGGAUAUCAUUUGCUACAAUUUGCUUAUAGAUGCUUAUGGGCAGAAAUCACUUAUUAAGAAGGCAGAAUCCAUAUAUGUAGAACUCCUUGAAGCUCACUGCAUUCCUACAGAAGAUACUUAUGCUCUUCUUACAAAAGCUUACUGCACAUCUGGCCAGCUAGAAAAGGCUGAAGCCAUCUUCAGUGAGAUGCGACAACAUGGCCUUCCCCCAAGUACAGUAGUAUAUAAUGCUUAUAUUGAUGGUUUGAUGAAACUAAGAAAUGCACCAAAAGCUCUUGAGAUCUUUCACAGGAUGGAGAGAGAUCACUGCCAACCAUCUACAGACACUUAUACAAUGCUGAUCAACUUAUAUGGGAAGGAUCACAAGUCCUACAUGGCAUUAAAGGUUUUCCAUGAAAUGAGAAGUAAAAGGUGCAAACCUAACAUUUGCACUUACACUGCUCUAGUAAAUGCAUUUGCUAGAGAUGGACUGUGUGAAAAGGCGGAAGAAAUCUUCGAACUGCUACAGGAAGCUGGGCAUGAGCCUGAUGUGUAUGCCUACAAUGCCCUCAUGGAAGCUUACAGCCGUGCAGGUUUUCCCAGUGGUGCUGCAGAAAUCUUUUCACUUAUGAAGCAUAUGGGAUGUGAACCAGAUAGGGCCUCGUACAAUAUCAUGGUGGAUGCAUAUGGAAGAGCUGGUCUUCUUGAAGAUGCAGAAGCUGUUUUCGAACAAAUGAAGCAGCUUGGGAUGUCGCCAACUAUGAAGUCACACAUGUUACUUUUAUCAGCCUAUUCAAGAUCAAGUAAUGUGCAAAAAUGCGAGGAAAUUUUGAACAAAAUGCAGAAGUCCGGACUUAAACCAGACACUUUUGUGCUUAAUAGUAUGCUCAAUCUGUAUGGUCGGCUAGGCCAGUUUGAGAAAAUGGAAGAGGUCUUAGAAGCCAUGAAAAAUGGACCAUAUGCAGCUGAUGUUAGUACCUACAAUAUCUUGAUCAAUAUCUAUGGACGAGCUGGAUUCUUUGAGAAAAUGGAAGAGAUUUUUCUGUCACUUCCUGCAAAGAAGUUGAAACCAGAUGUUGUAACUUGGACUUCUCGACUUGGAGCUUACUCUAGAAAGAAACUGUACAAAAAAUGUUUAGAGAUUUUUGAGGAGAUGAUCGAUAAUGGUUGCUAUCCAGAUGCAGGAACUGCCAAAGUGCUUCUCUCUUCUUGUUCGAGCGAAGAUCAGAUUGAGCAAGUUACUCAUGUGAUUACAACAAUUCACAAGGGCGAAAGACCCUUGUUUAUUACAUAGCUUUCAUUUCUUUUUUUCCUUUCAAAAAUUUCAAGACUUCUUCUUCAGGAAGAUAUGCUUUGAAAUAUGUACAAAUCCAUUUAUAGAAGCAGCUAACUAAUACUGAAACCACCUUUCACAA